AUGAAUAAUAAUAAUGACAGAAUAGACAGUAAUAAUAAUAAUAUUUAUAAUCACACACAUAAUUUAGAAUCAAUUACAAUAUCAGAUAUAGAUAAUAAUAAUAAAAAUGAAAUAUUAUUUUAUUCAGUGUGGAGAAACAAGUAUCUAUUAAAUGAAAUACAAAGACACCACAAGUUAUAUAAUGAAAAUAAAAUAAUAAAUAUUAACAAGUCAAUGGAUCAACUUAGAUACCAUCCACACAGAAGAUAUGCAACAGAAAUUAUAAUUAAUGUUGGUGAACCAUUAGAACCACAUGGUCAACUAAUACCCUAUGGUACAACCAAAUUAAAAUUCUUUGUUCAUUUUAAUAAACCAAUUCAAGCAGGCGAUAUUCCAACAACUGUAACUUCUUUACAAUUUUCUAAAACUGAUGAAGAAUUUUUUAAUUAUUUUUAUUCACAUCGUUUCGAUAUUAAAUCAGUUGUCCCACCAAGUGUUACUAAAUUGAAUCUCGGUAUAGAUCAAGAAAUUUCACCAAAUACAUUACCACCAUCACUUACCAGUUUAAAAAUGGAACUAGAUCAAGAUAUACCAAUUGGAACUUUCCCACAAUCAUUAACUACAUUAAAGCAAAAUAAAUUCAAUAGAACAAUUACACCUGGUUCAUUUGGUUCAAUUGUAAAUUUAUACCUAGAAUCCUUUAAUCAACCUUUAAAAGCUGGCGAUUUACCUAUAACAUGUAAACAUCUAUAUCUUGGCUCUUACAAUCAACCGCUCCAACCAAAUACUCUUCCCCCUGAAUUAAAAGAAUUAGAACUAAUAAAAUUUAACCACCCACUAUCAUACUGUGUACUUCCAGAAUCAAUUACUUUUCUACGCAUGGACGACUUUGAUCACCCAUUAUCCAACUCUCUAUCAGCACUACAUUCAUUAAAAACACUCUUUUUGAGUAGGUUUAAUCAAGAGAUAUCAAUCCAAACAUUUCCACACUCAAUCGAAAAAUUUUGUUUUUUUAGUUUUAAUCGAGUUAUAAAACCAAAUGUACUUCCACCAUCAAUAACUGAACUCUUUUUAUAUACAUUUAACCAACCACUUUCAGACGGUGUACUUCCAGAAUCAAUCUCUUUUCUACGUAUGAACCACCUUAAUCACCCAUUAUCCAACUCUCUAUCAACACUACAUUCAUUUAAAACACUCUAUUUACAAAGAUUUAAUCAAGUUAUAGAACCAAAUGAACUUCCAUCAAUAACUAAACUCAAUUUAUAUACAUUUAACCACCCACUUUCAGAAGGUGUACUUCCAGAAUCAAUCACUUUUCUAAGAAUGAAAGACUUUAAUCACCCAUUAUCCAACUAUCUAUCAACACUACAUUCAUUAAAAACACUCAAUUUACAAAGUUUUAAUCAAAUUAUAAAACCAAAUGAACUUCCACCAUCAAUAACUGAACUCAUUUUAUAUGCAUAUAACCACCCACUUUCAGACGGUGUACUUCCAGAAUCAAUCACUUCAAUAUGUAUGAACAAAUUUAAUCACCCAUUACCCAACUCUUUAUCAACACUACAUUCAUUAAAAACACUCAAUUUACAAAGAUUUAAUCAAAAUUUAAAACCAAAUGUACUUCCACCAUCAAUAACUGAACUCAUUUUACAUGAAUAUAACCACCCAUUAGAACCACAAGUAAUACCGCCAAACGUGGAACAUUUAGAGUUAGCAUUAUAUAAUUGUAAUCUUGGUAAACAUUUAUUCCCAAAUACUUUACAAUAUUUAGUUAUGUCAAACUAUUCAAAUGAAUUAUUGGAAAAUGAUUUACCAUCAUCAAUUACAGAACUUAAUAUCGAAUCGAAUUAUACUUCAAAUCCAAUCCGAUUUCAAAUUAAUUCAAUACCACCAUCAGUAAAAAAAUUAAUACUCCCAAUUGACCAUUCCCAACCUCUUCAAGUCGGUACUAUACCCAAUUCAGUAGUAGAUUUAGAGCUACCCAGACACUAUUCCCACCCUCUUCAAGUCGGUGCUAUACCCAAUUCAGUUACACAUUUAACUUUACCUAAGGUAUUUAGUCCUCUCCAAGUAGGUGUAUUACCAGAAUCUCUCACUAAACUGACAUUUAGAAAAGGAUUUGAUCAACCAAUAGACCCAGCUACUAUUCCACAAUCUGUUACUCAAAUAUUAUUACCUAACUAUUAUAAACACCCAAUACCAAAAUCUUUAUUAAAUAUAAUAAAAACAUUCGAAUAA